GAGGAGCCAGGCUGCUGCCAGGAAAGAGAUCUGGACCUGCCAGAUGCUGCCUGGAGGGACAGGGAGACAGAGAAGCACUGGCAGGGCUUGGCGGGCAUGGGGCAGGGCUUAGUGCGGACCUGGCCUCUGCUCCACGAGAGCGCCAAGCCUGAGGGUCCAGGGUGGCUGUGAGGCUGGGGAGGGGCAGUGCUGCCCGAGCUGGGGGCAGCGGCAGAGUGUAAGAGGACCAGAACCCUGAGUCCUCUUGGUCCCCCAGGCAAAGGGCUCUCACUUCAGCUGACUCUGAUGGCCCGCAUGGGCCACAGGAGUGCCUGGCAGCAGGUACAGGGGUAGCCAGAGCCACUCAAGGUCUGUUCAGGCAGCCAGGCAGUGCGGGAGAUCACCCUACUUCCAGCCUUCCCCUGGCAAGGCUGUUGCCUGUGGGAGCCCUGACCAGUUCUCCAUGGCCUGGCUGACAGCCCUCCUCUCAGUCAAGGGCAAGGUCAGAGCGUGCAGCCAGGAGGGCAGAGGGACGUUGCCUUGUAGUCCGGACAAGGGUUAUAGCAGUCUGACCAGUGUCCAGGGGCAGGGGCUCUUGCUGGUGGGGCAAAGGCUGACUUGGCUGUGUAAAGGCUGAGGAAACAGAGUCCUGAGCAAGGAAAGAAAAUCCAGAAAGCUAGGUCUUCCCUGGCUCCUCAUGCAUGGCCAGUGACUUGCUGAUUGACCUUAGGCAGGGAACUUGUCCGCAUGGGUUUUAGUCUUCCCAUCUGCACAAUGACAGUGCUGGCCUAGAAAGCUGAUCUCAGCCCCUGUCUCUGCCCUCAGGUCCUGCUCGUCCUUCCUGUGUGCCUGCAGGGGCACCUGGCUUUCCCCAGCCUUGGUUGUGGGUGGCCACAUGCAGUUCUGGAGAAGAAAGUCCCUCUGGCUGGCACUGUCAGCUUCCUGGCUCCUCUUCAUCCUCCUUGGAGCCUUCCCCCUUUUCCGCCUGGCAGUGUCACCCAGGCCUCAGCCCGCCGGCCCCCAAGGCUGGCCCCGCUGGCUGGAUGCAGCGCUCCUGCGGAGUUUCUCCCAGCCUGAGGAGCCACCAGAAGAUGUCCCUGUACCUUCUCAAGCCCCCCAGGGUGCCAGCUGCAGCUGGGGAACCUGCUUUGAUACCUCCAGGUGCAGGAAUCAUGGCCUCAAGAUAUUUGUACACCCAGCAGCUGGAGCAGCCUCUGAGAUGCAGCGCAGGAUCCUGGCUUCCCUGGAAGGCUCCCGCUACCAAACACGCAGCCUCGCUGAGGCCUGCCUCCUCCUCCUCCUCAGCCCAGGCGCCCCAGCUGUACAUUGUGGCCCAGUGCCCCACCACUGGGACAGAGGGAGAAACCACCUGGUCAUCAAUCUCCACCCAGACCCCUGUCCCCGGGCCUCCCAGUUGGGACAGGCCAUGGUGGCAGAGGCCAGCCCCAGGGUGGACACCUUCCGGCCUGGCUUCGAUGUGUCACUCCCACUGCUUCCAGAAGCCCACCCAUUGCGAGGUGGGUUUCCUGGCCAGCUGCGGCAGCACAGCCCCCACCCUAGGGCAGCCCUGCUAGCCCUGGCCGAGGAUGGGGGCAGGUGGCACACAGCAAGUUUCCACUCCACCACCUGCCCCUGGGAUGGGCGCUGUGAGCAAGACCUUGGACCCAAGCAGACCCACCGUGGGGAAAAGCUGCCCAACGCCACCUUCUGCCUCAUCCCUGGCCACCAUGCUGAAGCCUCGCGCUUCCUCCAAGCCCUGCAGGCUGGCUGCAUCCCUGUGCUUCUCAGCCCCAGCUGGGAGUUGCCCUUCUCUGAGGUCAUCGACUGGACCAAGGCGGCCAUUGUAGCUGAUGAGCGGCUCCCACUUCAGGUCCUGGCUGCCCUCCAGGAAAUGGACCCUGCACGGGUCCUCGCCCUACGACAGCAGACCCAGUUUCUGUGGGAUGCCUACUUCUCCUCAGUAGACAAAGUCAUCCAUACCACUCUGGAGAUUAUUCAGGACCGGAUCUUGGGCGCCUCUGCCCACCCCUCGCUGCUGUGGAACAGCCCUCCAGGGGCACUCCUGGCCCUGUCCACUUUUUCCAGGAGCCCCCAGGACUUCCCCUUCUACCACCUGCAGCAGAGCUCCCGUCCCGAAGGCAGAUUCAGCGCCCUGAUCUGGGUGGGAACCCCUGGCCAGCCCCCCUUGAAGCUCAUCCAGGCAGUGGCAGGCUCCCAGCACUGUGCCCAGAUUAUGGUUCUCUGGAGCAGAGAGAGGCCGCUCCCUUUCAGGUGGCCAGAGACAGCAGUGCCCUUGACAGUCAUGGAUGGGCCCAGGAAGCUCAGCCACCGCUUCCUUCCGUUCGGCACCAUCACCACUGAUGCCAUCCUCAGUCUGGAUGCCCACAGCAGUCUUUCUACAAGUGAGGUGGACUUUGCCUUUGUGGUGUGGAAGAACUUCCCAGAGCGGAUGGUGGGCUUUCUAACAUGGAACCACUUCUGGGAUGAGGCACAGGGUGGCUGGGGCUAUACUGCUGAGAUGGCCAAUGAGUUCUCCAUGGUUCUCACCGCAGCUGCCUUCUACCAUAGGUAUUACCACACUCUCUUCACCCACUCCCUGCCCCGGGCCCUGAGGACCCUGGCAGACGAGGCACCCGCCUGCGCGGAUGUCCUGAUGAACUUCCUAGUAGCAGCAGUCACCAAGCUGCCCCCUAUCAAAGUGCCCUAUGGCAAACAGCACCAGGAGGCGGCUCCACUGGCUCCUGGGGUUCCGGGAUCCGAGCCUCAACCUCAGUCCCCAGACCAUGACUGCAUCAACCAGUUGGCGGCAGAGUUCGGCCACAUGCCCCUGGUCUCCUCUCGCCUGCGCCUGGACCCCGUGCUGUUCAAGGACCCGGUGUCUGUGCAGCGGAAGAAGUACCGCAGCCUGGAGAAGAAGCCCUAGGAGAGACCCUGGGAGGUCGUAGCCUGGGUCCCGGGCCUAGCGGCACCUGCUUGCGGGGGCAUCUUGGAACCAAUCAGGACAGCCUGUACCUAAACGUCACUCUCGACCGACCAAUCACGGCCAGGGCGCCCGUGGGCGGGGCCACCCCUCCACAGCCGGGCGGCGCUAGGCAACGGCUGGGUGCGGGGCGUCUUUGCUCUCUGCUACUGUAGCUUCACUCCGGCUGACCGGCUUUCUGGGAUGCCUUUCUUAGUUUCUCCGCCCAGUUAACUUUACUUGUCUUUCAGAUCCUUGCCUGACAUUUAUGUCCCACUCCCAGGGUUCUAGGUCGUCUAUGCUCUCGCGAUUCCCGCGCUGUUCACGCUGGCUGGCAACGUGAACAACGUUGACCACCCCCAAGACCGGCCUGGGAGUCCGGAGGGCGGGUCGCAUCUUCUUCUCUCUGGUCUGGCAGUUGCGCCGCAAACAUUUGAUGAACAGGUAGAAAGACUUUAACUGUAUGCCUGCGUGGACACCGUGCACCCCUCCCACCCCGGGUUCCUAGUCCGCGAAGAAGGUAGACAUCUGCAGGCGCCUGACUUCUCAGGCGCCCCAGGGAAGGAGCAAAGAGAUGUAGGGAAGCCAGGAGUCGGAGUAGGAAAAGAGAUGCGAACGUAGGUGACGCAUCUCUCGCGCAGGACCCUGGGCGCUGCCACGAACCGGCCUUCCUGCAUUGCCGAUUUGUACCACUAGGGGUCAGCGCCGCGCCGCACUGCCUCCCAAAGGGAAUGGGGUUUUAAACUUCCCCUUGCUGGGGCGAAAGGGCGGGCAGGGGGCGUGGGUGGGUCAGCAGUGUGCACAGCCUGGGGUCUGCAAACACCGGAGGAAUCGGAAAGAACAGCCACACCCCUUUGGCUUGCACUCUUGGAGAUCAGUAAAAAGGGACCAUUUCCAGCAGGACUGGGCAGGAGGAGGGCUGUCCCCAGCGCCCUGUAGGAGAGGGUGAAUGGGGGAGGGGCGCUCGUUCUCCUGGGUUCGUCCACCUGGAACUGGAAUUAUCACUUCCGAAAUAAAAUGCGUGUCCUUGC